GAUGUGAUACUGUGCAGCCCUACCUACAGGUAAGUUAUUCAUCUUCAGCAUCAUGUAGAAGUUUGUAUUGGCGUUAAAUGCUAGAAUGACUAAGUGUGGUACUAGUGGAAUUUUUUGUGGUUGAAGUUCAGCUGCAAAUGGAGAACCAGGAGAUUGAACUUGCUCCUCAAUCUGUUCCUCUCAUACAGUGGCCAAGCCCACAGUGGGGAAGGUCGUCACCCAGUUUGUGGUCAACAAGUUCAACUCGCUACAGCAAAGGCUGCCCAUCAUUAGCGCUCCCCAGGUGGCGGGCAGCCUCCAGAAAGUGGCUCUGCCGUCCGGCCACCUCUUGGUGGUCGGUCCCUCCCUCCCUAGUCGAAGCCCUCAGACAGAGCAAGGGGUGCAGGGUGCGACUGCUGCGUCCACAGUGAUAUCCCCAAGCAAGCUGCCUCGGGGAGGCAGUAGUGUCCAGGAGCCUGCCUCCCCUAACAGCAGUAAUGUUCACCCCACUUCAAGCUCCUCUGCAGCCGCAGGCUCUUUUGGCACUGCUGGUGUCAUUAACGUCCCCCCUAUCACCCUCCUAUCUGUCCCGCCCGGUCUCCAAAGGGAAGAGACCUCACCAACCAAAGGCACUGUGGCCAAAUCCCCCGGCAGUGCUGCUGCUCCUCCUCGAAUGCUCCUGAUCCCCGUCUCUCAAGCUGUCCCAACAGUCCGUCCAGCCACCACGGCAGCCAUCACCCCAGGGCAGAAGAUGAUACUGCAGCCUGUGCGUGGCACGACGGGCACAAACCUCUACCGGCACCCCAAUGGGCAGCUGGUGCAGCUGGUGCCUCUUAGCCAGCUGCGGGCCAUCCAGCCCAACCUAGUCAUCCGCAGCCCAGGUGGAGUCGUCCGCUUGCCUACACCUUCUGUCACUGUGUCAAACCCAGCCAUUUCCCCCACCUCCGCUAACAAGCCCCCACUAGCCACUGCUGUCACCAAGGUCAUCACAGCCACCUCUCCAACUCCAGUCGUAAACCAGUCCCCAACUGGCAGCAUCCUCACCAGCACUGUCACUAUCCAAGCCACCUCCCCUACCACACUUCCAGAGUCACCUGGCUGCAGCUCUGACGGAGUCACCAAGACGACCCCAUCCACUCUGGCUACUUCACCUGCUUCUGCACCUAAACUCUCUUCCCUCUCAGGUGCUACAGCCUUUACGCUCAGCACCCUCACUCCGUCCCUCAAAACCAUUCCUGGAUUUCUCGGUCAGACUGGGACCUACACAGUCAGAAUUGCCCCGGGAACCAAGGAGUCCAAGGUCAUCACCCUCAAUCCAACAGGAUCGCUACCAAAUUCUCCAGAGGUUCUCUCUGGCCAGAGUGGUUUCACCUUGCUUCAGAUUCCAAAACCUGCUGUCACUGUAAAACCCACUGUAAGCCAAGUUGUGAUCACACCAACGAAACCAGACGUGGUCCCCGAUAUAUCAGCAAAGAAUGACACUAUCAGCUCCCCUUCCUCAAAGGACCAGGCUCCUGAGAUCCACGAGGAUAAAGAUCCUUCCCAGGAUGCCCCAGUGGCACCAGUCUGUGCCGAUCACUCCUAUACUAGUGAUCAAGACUCGGAAAAAGAGUCAAAGGCUAGUGCAGAUGAUGGCUCAUUUGCUGCUGGCUCUACUCUGGAGAAACCAAGCUCUGUCAGUUCUGCAGCAAGUCCAACCACCAAACCAAGUGAAACCAUUCUCAAUUCAGGGCCCUCCACUAUGGUUGGCCAGCAGCCACCCAGCCUCAUGGUCCCAGUAAUAAACAUCUCAGAGGUCAUCAGUGCAGUAUCCACUGCUGAAAAGUGCUCCCAGGAGUCUGAUUCGGAGUCACCUUCUGGGGCUGCAGUUCCCGGGCCAGUGGAUACGAGUUGUGAUGUGUUGCCGGUGGAGCGGGAGGUCAUACCCAAGGCGUCCCAGGAGAAGCGGCUCUUGGAAGAAGGAGAGGUAGAGGUGGAGGCAGACAUGGAAGUAACUGGGGAAUCGGAGGAUUUGACUGACGACUCUGAUGAAGAAUCUGAAGAUGAGAGUAUCGGCUUAGCCAUGGACCCAGAAGACAGUGAGGAGGAUGAAUCUGUGGAUAUUGAGACCGUAGAAGAGUUAACAGAAAAAAUCAACAUUGCACGAAUGAAGGCAGCUGCUAUGCAGAUGAAGUUGGACAAAGUACUCAUGUAUGAAAACAAGACAGUGAUCGAAUCCAAAGAAUCGGCGCAGAAGAGACGGGAGGAGACAGAUGUGGAAGAGCAGGCAAACGUGGCGGGCCGCAUCCAGCACAACGUAACAGAGCGGCGGCGACGCACUGAGCUCCGGGGGCUCUUCGAGAAGCUGAGGCACAUACUGGGCCUGCAUCACAUGCCCAAAGCCUCCAAGUACUUCAUACUGAAACAGGCUAAUGGCGAAAUACAGGCUUUGGUGGAUCAGAAUGACCACCUGGAAGAGAGAAAGAGGUUGUUAAAUCGACAACGUUCUACUUACAUCAAGAAGAUCUCUCAGACAUCUGGAAAGACAGAGGAGCUGAUCAUCAAGAAGCUACAGGACAUCUGUGCCAAACAGAAGAGCUUGGAAGCUCAGAGGAAGAAGAAGGCUGGGGUGUCUGUGGACCCCAAACCUAGCAAGCCAAAGGUUUCACCACCUGCAAACAUGGAGAGCCUGUCCAGACCAUAUUCUUCAUCGAGGAGGCCUAAUAUUUUAUCCCGGAGAAAACUCCCAGUGUCUCAAGUGGUGCCCACCGCAUCGGUGUCUGCGAAUGAUGGGUCUCUUGUCUCAGGACUCAAUGCUGUGGUGUCAAACCAGCAAGGUCUAACUGUCAAGAGUCCACUGGAGCCCAUCACGACACUUCUACAGCCAAAUAAGAUAACUGGCAGUGGAGUGGUGCUUUCCCCUGUCCCUGGUGUGGCUUCAGUGACAAUUAAUGUCCCAGGAGUGUCACUUCCGAUUCAGGUCAAGAGCCCACUUCCUGAUGCUUCUGUUUCAUUGUCAAGUCAACCUACAAGCAAAAAAAACAACUCGGAAGUUGCAGCACCGAAAAAUUUAACCAUCACUAAAAUCAUAAAUAUCAAGUCAGUUCUGCCCUCUCCACAAAGAUCAGAGCAAAGUGAUCAGAAUUCAUCCAAGUCCACCCAGCACCUUGCCUCCUGCCCGGGGCCUGGUCCUGAAUCAGGAGGAGAUCUGGAGGGAGCCACCCAAGAAAAACGGGGCUUAGAAGAUGGAGAAGUGAUCGGAGACCAGCUUUCUUGUGACAGGCCGAGGGUUCCCACAGAGGAACCGACGGUUAAUGGCAUAGGUACCAUCAACCAAGAUGAAGAGGACGAUGACGACACAGAUGAUGAUCCUGAAGAUGAGAGGCUGACAUCACUGCUCAAUGAGAUCGCUUUCCUCAACCAGCAAACGAACAGUGAGGACUCUGAGGGCACACAGUCCCAAACACAGAGGGUCAAGCAUGCCCUGCAAAGAGGGGAGACUCUCAACCCUGAACCGGUGGAUCAUGGGAAGGGACAUGAGGGCGAUGAUGAACGCUCCCUCAGCCCACUCUUCCUCCAGCUGGAUGAGGACCUGCUGGGAUCAAUGGAGGAUCAGUCGGAGGAGAAAUUACCUCGAGCAGGAGCAGAUGAUUUGGUCAAAGUAUCUUUUGGAUCGAGAAAUCAACCAGAACAUAAACGUGAUGCAACUGUGGCCAAUGGCCUUCGACAAAAGACCCCUCCCAGCUCUGUUAAAGCGGGGGCUCUGACUCCACCCCCCCUCCUGCAAAUGAAAGCUGGAAAUGCUGCAGUGUCCGCAGACUCGAAGUCCAAAGGUGGUGAGAACGAAAGCGAGGUCUCCUGGAGGCCCAUGCCACGGCUUGCCCCAUUGGGACGAAAGAUGAGCAAUCCAAAUCAGGACAUGGACAUGGGGGUCAGGACCCCCCCAGACCCUCUAAAUCAGCAUAAAGAUAACACUCAGAACACCACCUGAUAGUCUUCCUUGUGAAUCACCAAACCAAUCAGGGAGAACUAUUCAGAUUUAUGAAUGUUUGUUUGAUCUAGGGCUUGAGAUGUAUGUGUGUUUUGUUUUUAUGUUUCCUCCUUCCCUCUCCCACGAACUUUUACCCAAUGUGCCUAACAAAUCCAAAUGAGAAUGUGCCCCCCCUCCUCUGCAGUAAUGGGGGGAAACUGAAAUAUGUCUCCUUCCUGCUUUGUCAGUAAAGUUGGCUUUUUAAUUUUUUUUUUUUUUUUUUUUUUGCAAGGGGAGGAGAUGGGAAUUAAUCCUGUGUUUCAUUUGAAACUGUUGUUUGUCCUAUAACAUUCUUGCAAGAAUUUAUGAUCAUGUGUAAAGGACGGUGUUUGCUGGUGUCCUCUGUUCUGGAGACGAUUUAGGAGUAUGGAAAAGCAGCAGAACCUAAAGAACAUGGCUUUGUUGUGACAGACUGUGUUUUAUGGUACUGAGUAUGUGUUGUCUAUGGACAAAAUGCCAAUUUGCAAAAUUGCUUUGUUUUGCUAACUAAAUAGUGGAAAUAAAUGCAGACCUGCAGGUCAUUGUGUAUGCAUAUGACCUUUCUGUGAGCUGCAUAGGUCGAACUCUGAGCGUGACAUCAAACACUUAAGUGUUCAGUGUGUAAACCUCAUAGUAACAAAUAACUAUGUUCAUACUAGUCACCCCACAUGUGCACUAGUAACACUGAAUACUAUAACAGUAGCAUUUCUAGUUAAGUGUACCAUUCAAAACCAUUUUUUCCCCAUUGUAUGUUUAUGAAUUAAGGAGACUUGACACCCUGUUUCAUAUCCUAGAGAAAUGUUUUCAAACAUUCUAGUCUUGCUCAAAAAAAUAAACAAGAUUUCCUGAAAACAAUAAAUAAAAUUUAAACGUUGCAUAAAAGGUUUUGAUUGUAGAAUGUCAUGCACAACAGACAGAAGGAAAUUGAUGCUAAUAUGCUUUGUCUAAGAACACCUUAAACUUGACAGGCUGGCUCUAGAUAUAUCUUUGUUUAGAUGGAUUGUAUGGUGGUUGCACUCAAGGAGCUGGUAUGCUGUUUGAACUGGUCUGUUGGGAAUUGGAAUGGAAUCCAGAAAUCUUUAAAAUCUAUGAUGUCAUUGGCAUUGUAUUUAUUUUUUACCAUUAUCAGCCACACAUUUUAGAUUGUGUGUGUUUGUAUUUUUAAUUUCCCAGCAAAAUAUGUCGAUUGUUCAGGUCCAGAAAGUAAAAAUCCAGACCAAUUUUUUUCAACCAAGUAGUUGAGUAUAUAGAGUACUCGGCUGGUUGGUUGAAGUAAAAUUUUGGUCUAGAUUCUUACUUGCUGGACCUGAACGAUCCACCUCUGAAAAUGCGUGUCCUUACUUCUGCUCUUUGGACUUCAGGCUGGGUAAGAUGGUACACAGGAUGGACAAGAAUUAUGGGAGAGGAAGCUGACUGAGUUUGAUUGAAAUCUGGUUUAAACACAUUUUGAUGAUGAACAGCCUUUAUACUGCUCUGGUAAGGCUGACUUACUUUCUCAAAGAACAAUUAAUACAAAGCUGUACCCAUGUGUGCCUGACUUGCUUUAUUUUUUAUCAUCAGUUUCAGGCGGCAUAAUUUCAUGGAUUUUAAGUUUCUGUCCAUUACAUGGAAUCUGGUUGCAUCACUGCGGAGUUAAAAAGCUAGCAAAUAUGUAUGAUUUUAUCUGUAAAGAGGUGAAUAUGUAAAAUGUAUAUCUAUAAAAUUAACCAUAAGCUAUCAUGCAAAGUGUGCAACGAGAAGGUCUAGCAUGGUAUAAGUAGAAUUAAAAGCCAUCUGUUUCAUUGUG